AAAGAAACUACAGGUGGUUGGUUUUGCAGUUGCCGGCUGCUGGGUUGCACAGCUGCUCAGGGGAACAGACCCAGACAGGACCAUGGCCUCCACGAGGACCCUGAAGGACCCCAGCAUUGGUCAGCACUUCAGGAGGAUGCUGAUCUGCACGGUGCUUUUGCAGAUGCUCCUGCAAGCCCUGUCUGUGGCCGUGACUUACAUGUACUUCACCAAUGAGAUGAAGCAGCUGCAGGCCAAGUGCUCCAGGAGUGGAUUGUCCUGCAUGUUUAGGGACGGCGAGGAUCCUUGGGACUCCACUGAUGAAGAGACCAGGCACUGCUUGCAGGCUAAGAGGCAACUGUACCAGAUCAUUGAAGAGGUGUCUUUGAGAACCUUGCAGGAAACUGUUUCAACAACUCAAGAAAAGCAGCUAAGUAUUAACUAUCCAUCCGUAAGUGGAAAACCUCAGAGAGUGGCAGCUCACAUUACUGGGAUCAGUCGGAGAAGCUACUCAGCCUUAAUGCCAAUGUCCAAGGAUGGAAAGACCUUGGGUCAGAAGAUAGAAUCCUGGGAGUCAUCGAGGAAAGGGCAUUCAUUCCUCAACUAUGUGCACUUGAGAAAAGGAGAGCUGGUCAUACAGAAACAGGGCCUUUAUUUCGUCUAUUCCCAGACUUACUUCAGGUUCCAAGAGAAUGAAGUUGACUCCAAGACGGUCUCAAGGCAGACAGGGAAAAGCAAACAAAUGGUACAGUACAUCUACAAAUACACCAGCUACCCAGACCCAAUUCUGCUGAUGAAGAGUGCCAGAAACAGCUGCUGGUCCAGGGAUGCAGAGUACGGGCUGUACUCCAUUUACCAAGGGGGGUUGUUUGAGCUUAAAGAAAACGACAGGAUUUUUGUCUCCGUGACAAAUGAGCAUUUGAUGGACCUGGACCAAGAAGCCAGUUUCUUUGGAGUCUUUUUAAUUAACUAAAUGAUCUACAAAAAUCAGACAGAAUUCUAUGCCCAGUCACCUAGGGUGAUGUCCAGGACUCAGGUUGUCCCGAGAAUAACCUCAUGUUUCAUGUGGAAGUCAAUGCUCUAUGUUUCAGCUGACUGUAAGGGACAAGGAAACUGCUUUUACAGUGGUAUUGAUGACUGCAGACACACAGCUGAGAGUCACAGAGGGCUUCUCUGACAACCCUUAAAAACUACCAACAGCCUAGACAGGAAGGCACUGAAGUUCUCUUUAAAAUUGUGGUAAGGUAUUUGUGGCUAUUAUGAAAGGUGAUGUUUCUCUGAUUUUCUUCUCAGCUUUUUUGAGUUGAUCUUGUAUCCUGCAACUUCACUGAAGGUAUUUAUCAGCUGUAGCAGUUCUCUGGUAGAAUUUUUGGGGUCACUUAUAUACACUAUCAUAUCAUCUGCAAAUAACAAAAGUUUGACUUCUUCCUUUCCAAUUCAAAUUCCCUUGAUUGCCUUAUGUUGUCUUAUUGCUAUUGCUAGAACUUUAAGCACUAUGUUGAAGAGAUAUGAAGAGAGUGGACAGCCUUGUCUUGUUCCUGAUUUUAGUGGAAUUGCUUUGAGUUUCUCUCCAUUUAAUUUGAUGUUAGCUGUCGGCUUGCUGUAUAUUGCUUUUACUAUAUUUCGAUAUGAUCCUUGUAUCUCUAAUCUCUCCAAGACCUUUAUCAUAAAGGGGUGUUGCUUUUCAUGACAAGGAGACACAUCUGGCAGCACCAAUCUACUUUCAAGAGGAUGAUAAACACCCAAGGGUCUCCUAUGGAGUUGGUUAGACAUUUGGGUAAGAAACUGCUCUUGCAUUUACUGCAUGAUGGUGUGGUGUAUGAACUGUAUAGGCAGGACCCACAGAAAAAUG